AUGGAUGUUCUGCAAGUGACUGACCAGUCCGAGCCUACGACCAACCAGCGCCUCUCAAUCAUCUAUGCGCCUGUCCCGUCCGAGCCUACAACCGACCAGCUCCUCCAGUCAACCAUCUAUGCGCCAUGGCAAUAUAUGCAGAUAAUGCUUCACGACGAAGCAGACAGCUCUGGCGAGGCCUUUAUCAAGUUUUUGUUCAUCUCGUGUGGGGGCCCAACGUGUUACCUCAACUGCACCGAUGCCAGUACUAUAUUCGGGGACUGGCGGGCAACAUGGAAUUGCCUGACCCUCGCGACGGUCUCGCAGACGAGGCGGAACGUGUCAGACAGUGCCGACAAAGAGUUAAUGGCUAGCAUCGACGAGGAAAUAUACGACCUGUACGGCGUCAAUAUGACAAGCUUUGAUGGCACGUCCGUCCUAGAAGACCUGUACGACUGCGCCCAGGCUAGUUGCCGGAAUGAGGGUGAUAGCUGCGACCUUGCCUUCCCUAGUAUCCAGGAAGCCCUAGAAGACUCAUUCUUUUCGUGGCCUCUGUAUAUGGGAAAUUACUUUUGCCUUGGCGCCAGGGCCGAGGCGAACCCUGAUAUUGCAGGGCCAGGGAUCUACGUGGCCCUCAUGUCACAAAACGCCAUAGCUUUCUAUGCCUGCCUCGUCAGCCUCUGCAUCUGUUCCAGGGCCAUCAUCGCGCGUCUCACCAGCUCAUAUCCUCGGUUAGACAAGUCCUUGCUACGCCUCGAAAAGACUAACUUUUCGCACGCCACGUUCUCCUUUGCCGCCGACUUUAGCGAGGCCCAGAGCUUCUUCGUUAUCACUAUCGCUAUCGCCAUCAUCUACGGCGACAAUCAGGACGCCAGUUUCAACGGGGCACACAACUGGCUCUCGGUUAACCUAAACCGGCAUAAUGCCUUCUCCCUGUCGUGGUAUACCCCUAUCCCGAUCACUAUCACCCAGGUGGUCCUCGGUCUGACAGCCAUGGACUCCAUCUACAGCCUCGUUCUCUCCACCACGGCCAUGGUCCUCGCCGUCGUGGCCAGCGUACUUACGCAAAGUCAGCCCGAUGUGUCGCGGGUCCGCGAUAUGUUGACUAAAGAUAAGACUAUUGUCCGCUUCCCCGAGUGCGGCAACAAUCCGUCGCUGAGGGCGUUUUGCGGCACGAAUGGAAACGAUGGACCCUCCAUCGGCGAGAUUGACCCUCCCGGACUCCCUCUUGUGUGGCCGUGGCUUGUACUGCUGGGCUUCCUGUGGUACUUCAAGUUGCGCCAUCGUCUCCGUUCGAUGGCACGGCUGCAGCUUCAACACUUACAGCAGAGAGCACAGGGGAGCACUGCUAAGACGAGGACACUCCUUUUCUUGGGUAGGAUGGUAUGGCUCUUUGAAGCCUUCUUGAUACGAUUUGCACUGCCUGUGACCCUGUUGAUCCUUUUAUUCAUGACGAUAACUGUUCUCGCGUCUAUUCAAAGGGAUAUUAAAGAUUCGUCUUCAUCGGGGUCUAACCUAUCGUGGACUCUCGGGCAGGUCGUUGCCUUGCUCGUAUGGGUGCCCGUCCUUUCAAAGUACUUCUACACCUUGAUAUUCGGCGUGGAGAAUGGUUUCCAGAUCAGGCUCUCCAAGUCGUACACCGUUCGUAAAGAUGUGGAGAGAUAUGUAGCGGUCGAUACCACGAGGGACCCUUCUAGUGGAGGCUUGGAACUCUCCUGA